AGUGCUUAUCUUAUAAAUAUUUUUUCAGAACUACAACUAACUUAUAGUAGAUGAUAUGCUUCCUAUAACAUUAUAUGACAAAAGUGAUGAUUUUAAACCUAAAAUUAAAUUUAGGUCACGCAUUUUUCGAUGGAUAAGAUCUGUUUUCGAAGACAAAACAUCUAGGAAUAUUUUCUGUUUUCUCAUGCUCAAUUUGAUGUUUGCAUUUGUGGAAUUAUUUUAUGGAAUCUGGACUAAUAGUUUGGGAUUGAUAUCAGACUCUUUUCACAUGUUUUUUGACUGUACAGCUUUAUUAACUGGUCUUAUAGCAACUGUAAUUUCAAGGUGGGGUAAAAAUGAACGAUACUCUUAUGGAUAUGUGCGAGCAGAGAUAAUGGCAGGCUUUAUGAAUGCUCUCUUUUUGAUUUUUGUUGCUUUUUUUAUAUUUUCCGAAGCAGUAGAGCGUGCAUUCCAUCCACCUCAUGUAGAGCAUGAGCGUUUGUUUUUAAUUUCUGUCCUUGGUUUUUUUGUUAACCUAAUUGGCAUUUUUGUUUUUGGACAUGGGCAUGGUGAUGGCGGUCAUGGCCAUUCACAUGCUGGUGCUUCUCACGGACAUUCACAUGCUAGCUCAAACCAUGGUCAUUCACAUUCUGCUCAAGUUUUAUUAAAUAACGAGUUUAAUGACAACGAUUAUCAUAAUGAUUUUCAUAUGAAGAAAAAAAAACCUGUUGAUGGACAUGGUCAUAGCCAUAGUGAUCAUGGUCAUUCUCAUAGCGGGAACAAUCAUGGACAUGCUCAUUCUAUUUAUGAUACCUCUGAAAAUAUACACAGAUCAAGUGAUCAAAUUAUGCAAGGUGUGUUUCUUCAUAUAUUGGCUGAUACACUUGGAAGUGUUGGCGUAAUUAUAUCAUCUCUUUUAAUAGAACAUUUUGGUUGGAUGCUUGCUGACCCUUUGUGUUCCAUCUUUAUUUCUGUUUUGAUUUCAAUGAGUAUAUGGCCGCUUUUGAUGGAUUCUAUGUCAAUUUUGAUGCAGCGUACACCUAAAGAUUUAGAAUAUGAACUUCCUUUAGCUUAUCAACGAGUCAGUCAAAUAGAAGGAGUUUACAGUGUUCAAGAUCCGCACUUCUGGACUUUAUGCAGCAAAAAUAAUGUUGGAUCUAUGCGAGUGUUGAUAUCACCGCAGGCAGAUGCAUCUUACGUUUUAAGUCAAACUCAUGGUAUUUUUAAUCAACUCGGAGUUAAACAGCUAUUUGUUCAAAUUGAAAGGUAGAAAAAAAAGUUUAUAGUGGAUGGCAAUAAAAAAAAACAGAACUUUAAUGCCUCUAAAUAAAUUCAAAAUAAUUUAUAUUAUCAAAUAAAUUUUCACAUUGA